CGUAGUUGCUGCAGUCACAAGGGACGGACGACAGCUGGGUCGGCGGCGAGUGGCCUGCAGCAUUUGCCGGUAGUCGUGAUGAGUUUGCCCCUCAAUCCCAAACCUUUCCUCAAUGGAUUAACAGGAAAGCCAGUAAUGGUGAAACUUAAGUGGGGAAUGGAGUACAAAGGCUACCUGGUAUCUGUAGAUGGCUAUAUGAACAUGCAGCUUGCAAACACAGAAGAAUACAUAGAUGGAGCAUUGUCUGGACAUCUGGGUGAAGUUUUAAUAAGGUAACAGAACAGCAGUAGUAUAUGUAAGGAGUUACUGGUGUAAUAAUGUCCUUUAUAUCAGAGGUGUUGAAGAAGAGGAAGAAGAUGGGGAAAUGAGAGAAUAGCAUCUUUUGUGGGGGGUUUUUUAUAUAUAUUUCUAGACAAUAAAGAUCUGUUUGUUUUUCACCUUGA